UGAAAAUGGUGGACAAACCAGGAGUAUGCAUAAUGUUUCAUUUAUUUUGAAAAAAACGCAUCAUUUUGGGGAUGAAUUAUAAACAGAAACUACAUCAACAUCAUUCAUGAUAUAUCAAGAGAGUAAAACGUAAAGAACAAAGCAAAAUGAUUUCAGCUUUAAAGAAAUUUGCUCGUAAAAAUGACGAAGCCAAGGCUCGGCCGUCCAUGCCAAGUGGAGUUUCUUCAAUGGGACACUCGUUGCAGAGAAAGUUUGGUCGUGGUGUGCAGUAUAACAGUAUGUAUUGCUUCGUUUUCUUACCUUUGUGGCUUUUUUGCGUGAAUGUAGAUUGUAAAAUAAUGUAGAAAAUAUAAAAUGGAAGGUAAUCAUUUAUCAUUUAUAACUAAUUAUGUGUCAAUUAUGGAUUUAUAUUUGGGGUGUGUGUCUACUAAAUUGCAUUACUGUAGAAUUUGAUUUACACCAAGUUUUAGCUCCAAGUUCUUGUGAAGAAGUUUCUGUUGAAAAUGUUUAACUACAAUUUCUACACAUAUCAUGCGUCUGACAAUAGAUCAUCACUCUUAAGCCCUGUUUACACUACGCUCAAUUUUUGGUACGGCACGGAUAAAAUUGGUACCCGUACCACUUUUUUGGUUCUUGGACUACCUAUUUAGCUAAGCCCUGUUUACACUACGCUCAAUUUUUGGUACUGUACCACUUUUUGGUUCUUGGACUACCUAAAUAGGUAGUCCAAGAACCAAAAAAGUGAUACGGGUACCAAUUUUAUCCGUGCCGUACCAAAAAUUGAGCGUAGUGUAAACGGAGCUUUAGGGUGCUUAUUCCAUUAACACGGUCAGAACGGUCAAAUUGUUGAAUGAAACACAAAACAUUUGGGCUUCGGACCUAUCUGACCGGAAAAUUUAGAUAACAUUAGAGUGAGGUCCAUUUUCACUAGAUAUUUGAGAAACAUACACCAGAUCUUUCCAUUGAUACAUAGAAAAGAAUUAGGGUCUGACCGGUCAGGCCAUGAAAUGGAAAGCACCCUUAGGUCUGUUUCAAACGUUGUGCAUGCUUCUCAUGUGCCGAACGCAUUAGAAACAAUAGAUAAUGAGGCAUUUCAGCUGAUUAUCUAUUGUUUUUAAUGUGUUCGGCACACAAGAAGUUUGACGUUUGAACAGGCCUCAGUGAAGAUAAACUAUCCAGACAAACCUUCGGUUGGUAUAGGGAUGUAUUCACACAAAUCGAUCAUUUAUGAAGAUAAAAAAUGCACACAAGUUUGUCUAUGUAUUGAUGAAAUUAUGCAGAUAGUUGAUUUUGUCAGGUGAUCUGUUUGCCGCAUUUAUAAACAGGCAAAUUAUUUUAUUGGGCAUUCGUCUGGACAUAUCAUCUGUUUCUGAUAGAAAUUGAAUCAAUUAUUAUGUUUUCCCAGUGAAAAUUGUCAUCAAAGGCGACAGAAAUACUGGCAAAAGCACAUUGCUUGGGAGGUUUCAAGGCAAGCCUUUUAAAGAAGAAUAUAUUCCCACAAACGAAAUACAGGUACCUCAGAUUUCCUUGGAAUGAAUUGUUCAUUUGAAAAUUCUUUUAAUAGAAACUAAAUUUGUUCAUAUUUUAUUUAGGUUUGCAGUAUAAAUUGGAGUUACAGAGGUACUUGAAUCAAUGUCAACGUAAAUACUUAGUAUAAUUUUCACAAUAUAACAGGAGUACAUGAAAGAUUAUUUAUUUAACUUUGUCAAAGAACAUGCUAGAUAUAACAUACAUAAGAUAUAUAAUAAUGGAUGGCAGGACACACUACAGCUCUCGCCAAUUACAGCAGCCCUAUAUAUAUAUUGUUACAAGCAUUAUGUUUACUCUGAUUUUAUUCAAUUGUGAUUAUUUCAGUUGCUGAUGAUGUUGUCAAGGUUGAAGUUUGGGAUGUUGUUGAUAAAGGUGACUAGACGAGUGACUUUUGCAAUUAUUUUGAUGAACAUAAAACUAAAAUGAUGAAAUGUUUUUGUGCUAGGAAAAAAGAAGAAAUCCGAUGGUGAUGGCUUAAAACUUGCUAAUGAUAUGUCUGCAAGUGAUGUAAGCAACCAAAUUGAGCAACACUAAUAAGAAAAGCAACAGCUAGCAGCAGCAGCAACAACAACAACAACAACAACAACAACAACAACAACAACAACAACAACAACAACAACAGCUAGCAGCAGCAGCAACAACAACAGCAACAACAACAACAACAACAAAAGUAACAGCAGCAGUAACAACAACAACAAUAGUAACAAGUGCAAUAACGAUAACAACAACAACAAUAACUACAACAAAAGCAACAACAGUAACAGUAACAAGUGCAACAACUAACAACAACAACACACAAUAUUUAACAAAUCCAACUUGCUACAUGAUUCUUGUACCUUUAGUCUAUUUUCUUAUUUCAAACAUGAAGGGUCAAGUGGCGGGUGUGCUUGAUGCAGAAUUUCUUGAUGUUUACAAAGGCACUCAUGGUUGUGUUAUGCUGCUGGAUAUCACCAAACAAUGGUAACUUCAUGAUUCUUUCAAAUUAUCCAUGUUCAUGACUAUGACACACAAUAUGAGAACUCAUAAUACAGUAUUGCACAUGCAACAUAGCUCUGACAUACUGUAGUACUACAGCAUUCCUCAUAUUCUUUUUCAGGACAUUUAAAUACAUUGAGAGGGAGUUACCCAAAGUUCCAAAACAUAUUCCUGUUCUUGUGUUGGUAAGUAAAUAUUUUCAUUCAAUACUGUAGUUUGCUAACAAAAACGAAAAUUUUCCAUAUAUACAUCUUGUAAUUGUGUUUACUCUUUUCUCUUGCUGGUGUUUGACAGACUAUAUUUCUGACUAUCAACUUUAUAAUUUUACUCUGAAUAUCUAAUACCAUGACUCAUGUACAGUAUAGGUCAUGGUAAUAAUUGUUAAACUAAUCAUAUUUUGUUGUAUUUUAAAGUCAAACUUUCUUGAUAUGCAAGAACACAGAGUGGUUCAGAGAGACGAGAUUACAUCAUUUGUGAAGUAUUAUGACAGAGGAGAUGAUGCUGCCAUCAUACAAUAUGGAGAGUGUUGUAUGAAAAAUGGUUUUGGAUUGAAAUUUAUACAUAAAUUUUUCAAUAUUCCAUUUCUAAAACUUCAGGUUUGCUAUAUCUACUUUUACAUUAGUUAAACAAGUUCAAUGUAUUUGCUGUCUGAUUUAUCAUCUAGUAUCCAAACAAAAAAAGAAUUAUCCUAAGUGACAAACUAAAAUCAACUGCAUGCAAGAUUGUCUGUUACAUCAUUUGCAAAUUGUCCAGGUUUCCAUAUGCUCGUAACGGUCUUAAAAAUAGAGUCAGGAUCUUUCUCAACAGCCAGUCAUUAUAAUAGUUUUUACCUGUAAACCACAUAUAAUCAUCACUAUUCUCUAGUUACAUGUAGUCACUCUGCCUAUUUCCAGUUCUAAGCUGUUGUAUUUCUUAAUUUCAGCUGUUGAGAAAGAUUGUGACUCAAUCUUUACGACCAUACGAAAACCAGGUUUUACUGCGCAGAUUAUUUGUCUUGACGCAUUUAUACAUGGAGAAUUGAUCAGACAAACUAUCUUUUCUUUACUCAAUUUCACUCAGACUUUGCACAGUAUAUGUAUUCAACACAAUAGCAUCAAGUAGAUGCGGUCCAGUUAAAGUAGCUACAAUAUUCUCUCUGUGUCUGUGACCGUCUGUGAAAAGUGCCGCAUUUCAAGAGGAAAUUCUUUUCAGAAGUCUUAUAAAAUAUUUUCAAUUUAGCGAGAAACGUUGGAAAAACAGUUGGAAACAAACAAAGAAGAUAUGCAGGUAGUUUAUUCAUCAUUUUGUUCCUAAUACUCCCCCCCCCCCCCCCGCCAAAACUCUAUGUUGAAACCAUACAAUCAUGUAAUUCACACGUUUUCCCAGGCAACGCUUGAAGAAAUGUCAUUUCAUAGAAACACAGAAGAACAAGACUAUGACAAGUAUGGCUUUGAUUUCAUCGCAAAUUUGAUUUCAACGUAAUGUUUCUCUGAGGUGCAUUUCACUGCAAAGGCAAGAUAUGCAGUCAUGACAGAAUGUAUAAAAAGAAGAUUGUGAUUUGUUGUAGAUUUCUCGUGUAUAUGAAUAAGAAAGCAAGCGAAAAGAAACAGCCUCCAUCAAAGCCACAAACUUUCGGUAUGCUUGUUGUCCAAAUUUUGUUUGUGUAAAAUAUAAAUACUGCAUAUCUUCAUUCAAUGAAAUGUUUCACACUUCAGGCAAUUCUAUCAAAUCAUCGCCGUCCACGCCACUAAAAUCAUCAACUACGCCAGUACAAAGCCCUACAGUGACCACGAGCAAGCCAGGUAUGACAAUAGGCAGGUUUCACUAAGUUCUAUCGUGGAGCAGAUGGUGGUCAACCUGCAGUUAUCAGAGUGAGAAAAUAAUGUUCAUUCUUUUCAUUAGAUGCAGUAGUCUUGUAUUUGGAGGCGAAUAAAUAGAAUUGAGAAAUGUAGUUUUAAAUAAUAUGUUAACAUUUCUGAAAAGUUGACCACCAUUUGUUGUCCCACAACACUUUUUGAAAACCACCAAUAUACUGUACGCAGUCCCACUUGUGCAUAUACUACAGUUGUAUACAAAGUGCUUUAAUAUUAAACCUUCCUCAGGUUCCUCAAAGAAAACGGCGAAUCAACCCAAGAGUAUUGAUGAUUUUGUGCCAGAGGAGACAAUUGAUUCAACAUUUUUGGAUGAGACGGACAAAGGAGAAGUUAAGAAGACGACUGCUGGCAGAUCUGACACUAGUGAUGACAGUGAUAGGUAAGUGACUUUCUGUCUGGUAGAACGGUGACUGUAUGUGUCUCUCAUCUUUGUGAUGAGCGUUUCAAUUAUCCUUUCUCACGGCCGAUUUUCCCGCCAUUUUUGGGUACUGCCUCUCCCACGUUCGAGAGUCUCCGCACCACGAAAUACAACUUUUUAGCAUUAUAGUUGUUUGUAUAAUGGUAAAUUUACACUUACAACUUUUAAAAGUCGUUUUUCACGUUGUUUGAAUUGUCUAGAAUCUUUCACGAAGGCAGACAGUACCUCAAAAAUGGCGGAUUUUGGCCUUCGUCAGAAAGACUAUUUCGUGUCGUAUGAUGUCACUUCUACUACACGACAGAGUUUAGUGAAAACCAUCGAUUGACUGAAAGCCAUGUAUUAACUGAAAUGCUUCCAUUCCUUGCAGCGAGAAAGGCGGCAAUCCUAUGGUGUCAGGUUUUCAAGAUAUUAGCUCCGAAGACGAACUUGAAGACAAUGUUGAAAACACGACGACACAAAAAGCAAGUGAAGCUCCAAAGAACACAAGUUUUGAUGUUGAUAUUGAUCUGACAUCAGAUGAGUCAGAGGAGGAGACUGGUGUAGAGGAUGUAGUCUCUCCUGUGGUUCAUAGCGAUGAUGAUAGUAAUGAUUCAGAGAAGAUAACUGAACCAGCGAAGCCUGUGGUAUGUACAGUACAUGAUUAAUGAACUUUAACUCGAACGAUUGAUGUCACAGUGGUGCAUGUGUGUUUCAACUUUGUGACCGAGCUUUGAUUCCUGCAAGAAUCCUGCAAGGUUAAGAUUGACGUUCAACCUUCAAGUCCUAUUUUGAGGUCAACUGUUAGGACUGUUCGAAGUUAGGACAAUUUAUGCAUUAAAACUGAAGCAUGAAUUAACUACUGUAGCUCUCGAAAACUUGUUUGCCGUUAGCGCUGUGCAGUAAACGUCAAUCCUCUCUAAUAUGCAGUCUGAUUAUAAUUUAUCUCAGUUGCAUGUGAGAAAAGUGUUUCCCAAACAUCACAGGUCCUCUCCAGGCAGUCCAGUUUUCUCCUGCAAUGACAUCAAUAAGAAAUUGUCUUUUAUACUGGAUCUUUAGGGAGAUCAAUUAGGACAGAUAGAGAUAGAUUUUCAUUGAUAGAUUAUUUUUAUUAACGAAAUUAUUUGUUAGGUGCUGAAAACUAAAUAUGAUGUUGUUUUAAAUGACGAGGACAACAACUUCAUGGACGCCUGGCUGGACUCACCAAGUACAGAUCCUAGGG